CGCUCAGUCUUCUCGUGCAAUCGGCUCGGAACGGUUCGUCAAGUGUGAGCAAAGCAAGUAAAGUGGAAACAAGUGACAAUCUGGUCGAUUGUUAGAAAACAGAGAGAGAACAAACAGAUAAAAGUUAAAUAACACUUGUUGAAAGAAGGGCUGGAAGAAGUGGACAAGUGAUAUUUGUUAGACAGCUGUGGAAGAUACUAAAAGAAUUAGGAAGAGUGAUAAGUUGGGCAAAGAAUGUAUGAAGAUUUGAUGACAAUUUCAUGAAAGUGAAUCGUGAAGACGACUUUAGCAGUUUUGUACCAAAACAAAUUGUCCCUCACCCAAAUCUGGGCGUGACGAAGCCUGUUUUUUCGUCCACACAUCGUUAAUUCAAAACCACACUGGAGCUUUAAAACCUGCCCCCGAAAUGAUAGUGGAACUUAGUUUGAAGCAAAAAACGGCCACACUGGCGUGCAUCACUGCCGCCGCGUGUGGCCUGUCCCUCGCGAUCGGUCCCCGGAUGCUUCCCCAGACGCUGCUGACCGCCGUCACGCUGUACCUGCUGAGCGGGGAACGGCCCACGUUGCUGUUUGCCACCGUCAGGACACUCCCGCGGGACAUCAAUGCCGCCUGGGUCUUUCUCCGUCUCAGCCUGGUCCUGCACCGGUACGAGAAGCGCAAGAUGACCGUUGUGCGGCGGUUCGAGGAGGUGGCCGCGCGCAACCCGUCCAAAGUGGCCCUGCUGAUGGACGACCAGCGGUUCACCUUUGACGAGGUUCGUCGCCUGUCCGAUCGCGUUGCGUGCCACUUCCGGUCCAAGGGCUUCUCCCGCGGGGACACCGUCGCGCUGCUGAUGGAAACCCGGUGCGAGUACCCGUGCGUGUGGCUGGGCCUCGCCAAACUGGGCGUCGUGACGGCCCUCAUCAACACGAACCUCCGCCGGGAGACGCUCCGGCACUCGAUUGCGGUGGCCAAUUCGAAAGCCAUCAUCGUCAGCGAGGAGCUGGCCGGCGCCAUUGCCGAGAUCAUCGACCAGGAUGGCAUUAAGGGGUUGCCCAUUUUCGUGUACGGUUCCGACCAGUCAUCCGAGCAGACCAAAUUUGACCAGCUGCCAGAGGCCGAGAACCUAAGACAGGCCCUGGAUGGCGUGCAGUGCGAUGAGGAUCUGAGCACUAUCUGGCGUGAUAUAUCACCCCGGGAUAAGCUGGUUUACAUCUACACGUCCGGCACGACCGGGAUGCCCAAGGCGGCCGUGAUCACCAACUCCAGAUUCAUCAUGAUGGGCACCGGCGUGUACUACAUGCUGGCCCUGCGCGACGACGACAUCAUCUACAACUCGCUCCCGCUGUACCACUCGGCCGGCGGAAUGGUCGGCAUCGGCAGUGUGCUCCUGUGCGGCCUAACAGCGGCCCUGCGCAAGAAGUUCUCCGCGUCCAACUUCUUCGCCGACUGCAUCAAGUACAACUGCACCGUCGCCCAGUACAUCGGCGAAAUUUGUCGCUUCGUGCUGACGACGCCGGCCAAGCCUACCGACACUCAGCACCAGGUCCGGAUGAUGUUUGGGAAUGGGUUGCGGCCCCAGAUCUGGACCCAAUUUGCGUCACGCUUCAACAUCAAACAGAUUGGCGAAUUUUACGGCUCCACCGAGGGAAAUUCCAAUUUGAUGAACCUGGACAACACGGUCGGGGCGGUUGGGUUCGUUCCGGCGUUUGCUCGGACGUUCUAUCCGGUGACACUGGUGAGAUGUGAGGAGGAAACUGGCGAAAUUAUCCGAAAUUCCGAUGGGUUCUGCAUUCGGUGUAAACCUGGAGAGGCUGGGGUCUUUAUCGGGAAGAUUGAGAUGAAGAAGGCGCUGAACUCGUACGUGGGUUAUGCCGAUAAGAAGGCCUCCGAGAAGAAGGUUCUGCGGGAUGUGUUCGCCAAGGGGGAUAUGUUCUUUAAUUCGGGCGAUAUUUUGGUGACGGAUUUGUUUGGAUAUUACUACUUCAAGGAUCGUACCGGUGAUACUUUCAGAUGGCGCGGUGAAAAUGUCGCUACUUCCGAGGUUGAGGGCGUCAUUACCAACAUUGUCGGACUGAAGGAUUGUGCCGUGUACGGAGUUGAUAUUCCCGGAACCGAGGGCAAAGCCGGCAUGGCAGCCAUCGUGGACACCGCGGGCAAGCUUGAUUUGGUCCAGCUGGGCGCCGGCAUCCGGGGCAGUCUUCCGGCUUACGCGAGGCCGCUGUUUAUCCGAGUGCUGUCCGAGCUUCCGAUGACGACCACGUUCAAGCUGAAGAAGCGAGACUUGCAGCUGGACGGGUACAACUUGGAGAAGGUGAAGGAUGCGAUUUACUAUCUGCAGGGGGAUGGAAGCUACCGCCGGUUCGAGCAGGCUGACUUUGAGGUGGUCAGCAGUGGCAAGGGAAAGUUUUGAGGAGGGAGGGGGAGAGGAGAUGAAAUCUGAGAUAGUCAAAAUUGUGUACCAAAAAGAAACAAACCACGAAAGACAGAUUGUCACAAAUUCCAAUCGACUGAUAGUAGGAUUUACUGAAUGUUUUAGUAGGAUUAGUGCAUGAAGUAGAAUAGUUGACGCUAGAAUAAGCACCGACUUGUGUAAGAAUUGUUACAUUUGCCAUGAAUAGCAUAGUUUAAGUUCAAAUAAAUGUUUUAAUUUAAGUGCUAAUAAAA